UCCCCUUGGGUGCCUCUGAAUAUUUCUAGUUACCAGGAAGAUGUGAUACUAGUAAGUCUAGGCCUACGUUCGAUUUCAGAGAUUAUCGGGUUGUGAGUGACUUCAGUUGAGCACACGUGCAACGGUUUUAAACAACGACAAAGAGGUUGCAAUGGCAUCAUCUCACGAUCAGUCACCAGAACGAGACUGGCAAGUUGGUAAAUCCCUGAACCAUUGUCUUGAUUAUCUCUUCACUUCCGGUCUAGCUUGUGACGUCACCUUUCUGAUCGGAGAUGAAAAAGAAAAGAUUUCCGCUCAUAGAACGAUUCUUCUCAGCAGGAGCCCAGUGUUUUAUGCUAUGUUUGAGGGAAAUCUGGCAGAAAAAGAGUCGAUAAUUAUUCCUGAUUAUACAGCACGAACAUUUUCAAUGUUUUUGAGAUAUCUGUAUACAGACGAAAUACAACUAACCGUGGAGACUGUCACAUCUGUGCUGUCAGUCGCGAGGAAAUACAUCGUUGAUAAUCUCGUCACAAAGUGUGAAACAUUCCUCAAGGAUUCUUUGACCACUGAAAAUGUAUGCCUACUAUUGGAAGAAGCCCAUGUUUAUACGGAAGAAAGCCUAAAGGAGGAUUGUGUACAUGUGAUUACAAGAUCACCGGAAGGAGCGCUGAAGUCAACCAGUUUCGUCGACCUUUGUGGCGUCUGUGUGAAGAGUAUUACAGAGUCAGACGAUUUAGCGGUGGAGGAGAGCGUGGUGUACGAGGCGAUGAUGCGGUGGUCAGAGGCGGAGUGUGGACGUCAGGGUCUGGAGGUGACGGAUACAAACAGACGGGAGGUACUAGGGGACAUAAUCUACACAGUCAGGUUCCCUAUCAUGGAGCAUGCUUACUUCAGGAAAAAAGUGCUUGUAACAGAUAUUUUGUCAUCGAUGGAGUCACGUGACAUCAUGCGCUAUCAUGAAGAUUCUAAAGGAUUUCCAUGUAAAGAAUUCAAUAAGAAUUUUAGAAGAAAAAAACGUGUUGAAUAUGAUUUUGAUGAAGAUUAUAAUUAUUAAUACAUAUAUUAAAAGACAUCAUCGCCAUGGAACAUAUAAUGUUUUGAGUUACCAACAACUUUGAUACUUUCCAUUAAGUUAGCAUUUGAGAUUAAACUGUGAUGUAUACGUCCCGAAAAGCAAAACAAAAGAUAUUUAUUCAUUUAAAACGACCCGCAGACCUGUUUUCGAUGCGAUUCUCAUUUACUACUACGCAACAAUCUAUGUAACCUUAAAGUGUAUUUAACAUUUAUUUAACAUUUCAUCAACUUUCAUAUUUCUGUUCGAUUAAAUAGUAGUUUAGGUCGAUUUGAACGUUUGCAUUGAUUUUUAAUUUGUUAAAAAAUCUCACUGAUUUAAGAUUGCUUAAGGUUUUCUUCUUCUUUGAGAUUUCCCAUUACUUUAAUAUUGCUUAUGGUUUUUUUCAACUGUAAUAUUUCUAAUUAAUUUAACAAUGCUUUGACAUUGCUCAAGGGACCUCAGUCUUGAUUUGGCCGUUCAUUUAACGUUUCUGCGAUUUGUAUUAAUCUAAAAGAGGGGGACUUAUAUGACGGUCGCCGUUACGACUGAUUAAUUAUUGCUUGAAACUCAUUCCAUUGAUUUACCACUGCACGAGCUUUUAAUCAACUUUGAGAAUAAUCAAUCAUUAAAUAUCAGUUUGGUUUUCCUGUAGUUUGAUAUUUUUUUUAUUGUUUUAACAUUGCCAGAUGUUAUUCUUAAAUCUGAUAUUUAAACAUUGCUUGAGGUGUUGAUUUCACACUAAGUUCUCCUUACACUUGGAAGUUCUCGAAUGAUUGAACUUCGCUUCAGGUUUUGCUCAAUUUGGUAUUUCUUAUUGAUUAAACUUUGCUUAAUGUCUCAA